CUGGGGUCUGCACACGAGCUCCACAAAGGAUGGAUUGUGCGUGACUCUUCACAUUCCUGGGGUCUUAGAGCAUACGGAUCGUCCUCUGCGACGUCUGAGCUUCCAUGAAUACCAGGCUGUGUGGCCGAGGGAGAAAAGCGCGCCAUGAAGACAACUGCGCAGUCAGUUUUUCCGUUUGAAUUUAAAAUCGUGAACGUUGUGGGUUGUGCUAAAUAAUAACACUUUGUUUCUAACUUUCUAUCAAGGAGAGGUAAAGCCUAGAGAGAGAGAAAAAAAAAAGGAGGGGGAGGGGAUAAAGUGAGUAAACUCCUUUCACAGCCUCCAAUUCCCACAUGCACUGUAAAAAGACAAGUCAUUUGUUUCUUGAAAUGGAUGUAAGUUAACACCAGGAGAUGGGAAACUGUGAACUGGGAUUUGGGAGGUGAGAUGAUUGGAGUGAAGGGAGGUAAUAUCAUGGGAAGGAGAAACUGUCUGUUUAAAAAAAAAAAAAAAAAGGAAUAUUUGAGUGUCCCUGUCCGCUGAGCCUGCUGAGAGCUGCCUGUGUGAUGAGUGAAAGUGUUAAGGGCAUUUUUUUUUUUAGUCUUUAAACUCUGCCAGAGAGUUAUUCAGAGUGCUGGGGCAGCCCUUUCUGGCAGCGCUCCGCAGCAGCGAAGCCUAGGCAGGCAGCUGUGGGCUGACCAAGUCCACUGCGAGGGCUGUGGUAGCAGAGAAGCAAGACCGACCGGGAAGCCAGGAUGAGAGCCACGGCCUCUUUGCAGACAGUUGACCGGCCAAAGGAUUGGUACAAGACAAUGUUUAAGCAAAUUCAUAUGGUACACAAGCCGGGUCUGUACAACUCACCCUACAGCGCUCAGUCCCACCCUGCUGCGAAGACCCAGACCUACAGACCUCUUUCCAAGAGCCACUCAGACAAUGGCACAGAUGCUUUCAAGAAGGCCCCCUCCCCAGUGCCUCCCCCGCACGUUCCCCCGAGACCAAGAGAUCAGCCUUCAACAGAAAAGCAUGACUGGGACCCUCCAGACAGAAAGGUGGACACCAGAAAAUUUCGAUCGGAGCCAAGGAGCAUUUUUGAAUAUGAACCUGGGAAAUCAUCCAUUCUGCAGCACGAAAGACCCCCCCCUCUCCCAACAACUCCGAUACCUGUUCCCAGGGAGCCCAGCCGGAAGCCUCUCCCGGUGUCGCCCUCCACCGAAGGCCUGCGUAGCCCUUCCCCUCCGCCCAGGAGCCGUGUCCCCGCACCCCGUCCAAGCGCCCCAGCGCUCUCUCCCACCCUGACGGGUCGCAUAAAUCCAGAUGACAUAGAUUUAGAAAAUGAGCCCUGGUAUAAAUUCUUUUCAGAGCUGGAAUUUGGACGUCCGCCUCCUAAAAAGGCUCUGGACUAUGUUCAAGAUCACUCUUCCGGUGUGUCCAAUGAGGCUUCCAUCUAUCAGGCCUCCAUAGACAGAAGCCUGGAAAGACCCAGCAGUUCUGCAAGCAUGGCCGGUGACUUUAGGAAGCGGAGGAAGAGCGAGCCUGCAGUGGGCCCACCCAGAGGCUUGGGGGAUUCGAGUGCGAGCAGGGCCAGCCCUGGCCGGGCAGACCUCCCGGGAUCAAGCUCCACCUUCACAAAGUCUUUCAUUAGUUCUUCUCCUUCGUCUCCCUCAAGAGCGCAAGGUGGGGAGGAGAGCAAAAUGUGCCCAUCCCCUUGCAGUUACUCAGGGCUCAAUGGCGCCCACUCUGGUGAGUUAGAGUGCUGUAGCGCUUAUAGACAGCAUUUGGACGUCCCCAGGGACUCUCAAAGAGCCAUCACUUUCAAGAAUGGCUGGCAAAUGGCCCGGCAAAAUGCAGAGAUCUGGAGCAGCACCGAAGAGACUGUUUCCCCCAAAAUCAAAUCACGUAGCUGCGAUGACCUCCUCAAUGAUGACUGCGACAGCUUCCCAGACCCUAAAACCAAGUCAGAAAGUAUGGGCUCUCUGUUAUGUGACGAAGACUCCAAAGAGAGCUGCCCCAUGGCCUGGACCUCCCCCUACAUCCAGGAAGUGUGCGGUAACAGCAGAUCCAGGACCAAACAUAGGUCAGCCCAUAACGCCCCGGGCUUCCUCAAAAUGUACAAGAAGAUGCACCGCAUCAACCGCAAGGAUCUGAUGAAUCCCGAGGUCAUUUGCUCCGUGAAAUCCAGGAUCCUGCAGUAUGAAAAGGAGCAACAGCACAGGGCUCUGCUCCACGGGUGGAGCCAGUCCUCCACGGAGGAGGUGCCCAGGGACGUGGUACCCACUCGCAUUUCGGAAUUCGAAAAGCUGAUUCAGAAGUCCAAGUCCAUGCCCAACCUCGGAGAUGAAAUGUUAUCUCCCGUUACCCUGGAAGCCCAACAAAACGGCCUGUGUCCCAAGAGGCGGUUUUCCAUCGAGUCUCUGCUGGAGGAAGAGACUCAGGGUAGACACCCUUCUCAGGCCCAGCGGAGCUGCAAGUCUAAAGCCCUGGUGCCCAUCCACAUCGAAGUCACCAGCGACGAGCAGCCCAGAAUGCACGCGGAGUUCUCCGACAGCGACCAAGAUGGGGUGGUGUCCGACCACAGCGACUACGUCCAUGUAGAGGGCUCGUCCUUUUGCAGCGAAAGCGACUUCGACCAUUUCUCUUUCACCUCCUCCGAGAGUUUCUAUGGCUCCAGCCACCACCACCAUCACCACCACCACCAUCACCACCACCGACACCUCAUCAGUUCCUGCAAGGGCCGAUGCCCAGCCUCUUAUACUCGCUUUACCACGAUGCUAAGACACGAAAGAGCUAAGCACGAAAAUAUCGACCAGCCCAGGAGGCAGGACAUGGACCCCGGCCUGUCUAAGCUCGCAUUUCUAGUCAGCCCCGUGCCUUUCCGGAGGAAAAAAAUCGUGACCCCCAAGAAACAGACUGAACAGGCAAGAUGCAAAACCUCCGUAGUUGAGGCUCUGGACUCCGCCCUUAAAGACAUCUGUGACCAGAUAAAAGCCGAAAAGAGGAGAGGGAGCCUGCCGGACAACAGUAUAUUGCACAGGCUUAUCAGUGAGCUGCUGCCAGAGAUUCCCGAGAGGAACUCGUCUCUUAACGCUCUAAGGAGGAGCCCCGUGCACCAGCCUUUCCACCCGCUGCCUCAAGACGGUGCUAUUCAUUGUCCACUGUACCAAAACGAUUACGGGAGAAUGCCUCACAGUGCCUCUUUCCCAGACGUGGACGCAACCAACAGCAGCUACCAUGCCCAGGAUUAUGGUAGCACACUGAGCCUCCAAGAUCAUGAGUCCACUAGAAGUUACUCAUCUACUUUUACUGACUUGGGAAGAAGUGCAUCGCGGGAACGAAGAGGAACCCCAGAAAAAGAGAAAUUGCCUGCAAAAGCAGUCUACGAUUUCAAAGCUCAGACAUCUAAGGAGCUGUCAUUUAAGAAAGGAGAUACUGUGUACAUCCUCAGGAAAAUUGACGAAAACUGGUAUGAGGGGGAGCACCACGGCAGAGUGGGCAUUUUCCCAAUCUCCUACGUAGAGAAACUAACACCCCCAGAAAAAGCGCAGCCUGCGAGACCUCCACCCCCAGUCCAGCUGGGAGAGAUCGGAGAAGCCAUAGCCAAAUACAACUUCAAUGCAGACACCAACGUGGAACUCUCCCUGCGAAAGGGAGAUAGGAUUAUUCUUCUUAAAAGAGUUGAUCAAAACUGGUAUGAAGGUAAAAUCCCAGGAACCAACAGGCAAGGCAUCUUCCCUGUUUCCUACGUAGAAGUCACCAAGAAGAACACAAAAGGUGCUGAGGACUACCCUGACCCUCCUAUACCCCACAGCUACUCUACAGACAGAAUUCACAGCCUCAGUUCUAAUAAGUUGGCUUCCAGUGAACAAACCUGUCUUCCCAUGUACAAAGCUCUGCCUGACUCAGAGAAAGUUGCUCUCCAGGGAACUGCCCAAGAGUGGCUACCUCUGACAGACUGGUGUCCACCAGCAAACCCAUUGGCUCCAAUACCAUCGUCCUUCCUCGACAACUUCUUGAUUGAACUAGAGAAGUUUAGUGCUUUAGCCUUACCAUAUGACCAGGCCAACCCAAACAUCCUAAACCAGGUCACCCUUGAAAUUAAGGAGGAACCCUCUCAUCUCCCCCUCUCACCGCCUCCAGCAUCUGUACCAGAUGAAUCAGCCCGCUGUCUGUUACCACCUCCUUGCUCAAGUACCACCUCAACUGGCGCCCAGUCUGACAACACACUGUCUUUUCUGAAUCACGCAAAGGACACUCAAAGCAAAUUUGUAGAUUUGAAUAAAAAAGGAAGGGGAUUUUCAGACCCUACCAAGAUCCUUGAAGUCCUGGGUGAUAAAUUCGUAGCCUCUGCAUUCCCCAACUCGGGUGCCUUGCCUAUAACUCUUCCUGCCAUUGGAGAGGAAGAUGAGGAAAUCAAUGAGGGGCUUGCAUACCAAAGACGUCUGCCAGGAUCUCAGGUGCGAGACGUCACGUGGUAUGACCACAGCAUUACAGAGACGACACCACAACUGCACAUCAAAGAGGAAGGAGACGAGGAAGAGAACCCUGACUGCUUAACGUAUUCACUAGGCAUUUCCACACAUCCUAGGAGUCCUGAGGAAGACAGCAAUGCAGCCCAAACCAGUAAUGAGGUAUUUAAUGUUGCCCAGUGAUUGAGGACUAACCAUUUUUACAAUUAUCCAAAGAGUUAAUAAUAUUACUAAAUAUCUACUCUGACACUGCCUUACCAGGCUUCCUUCUAAGGAGUUAUGAGCACCGGAAAUUCUGGGGUGGAAGGAAUAUGCAAGCACAACAUGGUUGAUUAAAAUGAGGGAACAAUUAAAAUGUAUGGAACAAUUCCACUCUCCCAUCAUUCCUUUGUCAGUACAAAUUCAACGUUUAUUAUACUUAAGCUUAUUGUCUUUCUAAUAUUUUAAUAUUAAUAAUGAUAGCUAAUCAUUCAUGCCUAGUUAAGUCAGACACUGUUCUCAGACCCCCAACAUCUUUAAUAGUCAAAGCCCAGAGAGCUAGGAAAUAAGGUUAUUCCCAUUUUAGAGAUAAGGGCGCUGAUGGACAGACAGAUUUGUCUAAUUACAAGAUGAGAAGGUAGAACCACUUGACAUGGUGGCCGUCCGCAAAACACAGCAACGGAGUAAAUAAAGUAAAAUGCCAAACAACUGAAAUAGUUCUCUAGUCCCGUUUGCUUCUUCUGAAUCAGUUGCUUGAGGCUACUUGUAGCCUGGGUCCCGCAUCUCGGUCUUAGAAAGGACCUUGGCCAGUAGUUUCCAUCAAUAAAGGGAGGGAAUAACCUGAACCUUGAGUUAUGAACUUCUCUCUUGAAAAAUAAACUAGUUGAUCUCUCAAAUAUGCUCUGUCAAAUUCAAGAGCAAGUAUGAUUGCCAAUGAAUUAUGAAAUUGUUAAAUAAAAAAAAAAGUCUGUAGUAUACGAAGUCACAGUGAUGUUACAGAAGGUGUUUCCUUCCCCGACUCCUCUAUUUCGAAAUGACUGACCACAACUGUGAAAAGGAAAUGUACUGCCUGGUGACAGAAUUCACUGUAAUAAGCCAAGCGUGCCACUAAUUCUGUUAUUUAAACAGCAGGUUUCCCCUUCAAUAUUACCAUCUCGAAGGAGUGAUUAGACAUGAGGCUUUACUUCCGGGAUGUGCUAUCUGCCUAUUUCAGACAAUAUCCUGGGCUUUGCAUUCAUCCCUACUGAGAUUAGCUGGGCAGACAUCUCUAUGCUCCGAGAAAUUCCAAUUCUCCUAGCUGUGUGACUGUUUACCUUUAUGUAAACCUGCUUCAAAAGCAAGUUAUAUGUCACUGCAGAGUUUUAGGUUCUUUACUGCCUUCAUGUUGAAAAAAAAAAAAAAGAAAGAAACCCUCACAGACAGACAAAGAGAACACAAUACGUUGACAACAACCCACAACCACAAAUCAUACCCAUUGACAUUUUGAAAUCAAAAUUCAAAAGGCUGUCAGUGCUUUCAAAGCAAAAAUAUUUUGCAACUUCAGAGUUAGUAGAUGUGGAAAGGACUCCUAAGACCACAUCCCUUCGUUUGAACACAAGCACAAUCCCAUCUUGUCUUUCCUGAACACUUAAGCCACCCCCCUUUGCUUCCGGAGAUUGAACUGCUAUGCCUCUCCCCACCUGUCCGUUUCUCUCCCCACCAUUUCACUCUCCUCUGGCCUCUGUCUCUGACCUGACCUGUGAGCUUUUUCAGCCCACCCAGUCCUCCUCACCUCCUCCCCUCCCCAAACACCCUUAUCAACAGGAGGAAAGUUCACCACAACCAAAGGUAACUGCAUCCUGAGUGUGGUUCAGUGUACUGCAUGUCUUUCCGUGAUGUUCGGUGGGUGUGUGCAUUUAGAUUCAUGCCGUCUCACAAGCUCUAAAAUCUCUGUAAACUGUGACUGCUAACUUUUAACAGCAUGGCCUCCAUUCCAAACAUUUAAGAGACAAAUCUGCAUAGCAGCUGUACCCAUACUGAGAAGGGAAACAAACUAAAACUUGCCUCAUAAUCGAAGGCAACCACUGAAUUCUGUUUUAGGCUUUGAGUCAGGCUGGGAGCCAUCACAUUUGAAGGCAUCAGUUUGGUGCCUGCCAACGCGAGUCACUUCUCAGUAGACGUGAUGCCUCCCGUCAUCUCCCCCUUCCACAGGAUACACCAAGGAUGAUUCUUUGAUGUUGACUACAAAGCAUCUGUCUCUGAUACUUGCAUUCCAGUAUCCCAACUGGCACUUAACUGUCCUAGGAUUAUCACUUUUCUCUAUUUUAUAUAUAUAUAUAUAUAUAUAUAUAUAUAAACAAUCCAAGAAGAUAUCAAUCUAUCACAGGAAAGCUUUGAUUCUAGAAUGAGAGUGAUCCCUAAACCUUUGUAUUCAGACUUCAAAUAACAAUACAUCCUCAGAUUUCAUCUUUUUGGUAAGAUUUAAAAGUAUUCAUUUAUAUAUGGCUGCUCUAUCCGCAUGUACUCUUACACGCCAGAAGAGGGAAUCAGAUCUCACUAUAGAUGGUUGUGAGCCACCAUGUGGUUUCUGGGAAUUGAACUCAGGACCUCUGGAGGAGUAGCCAGUGCUCUUAACCUCUGAGCACCCCGAUUUCAUCUUUGGAAAGUGAAGCAAGGGCUCCUGUAGAUAGGGAAGGAGGUAAGGCUCUAAUGCAACCACAUUUCCACAGUAGUGAGCACCAGUCCAACAUGCAGCAUCCUCAAUAGUCUUCAGAAUCCCCAUCACCAGAAACACAGCCCAUCUUUGUGAUGCUCCUUUACCUAUGGAAAGAGAUCUGGGCCGGGGUGGGGGAGAAUAACCUACUUUAAAAGCCAAUUUCUCCCCACUCUGAGUUUUCAUCUUAGCUAACAAAAGAGAAUUUACAACUUUUAAAAAUGGUAAUGCUAUUUUAGAUUGUGCCUACGGCUAAGAAAUGCCUUUUACCUGUUUCUGUGGUUCUACAUUUAAAGUCAGUGUAUUUAUUCCUUGCCUCCUGUAAUAUGUUCUUCAGCUUUUAAGCUUUAAUCAGUACAUGAGAAAGUACCUCUAGAUCAGCGGUUCUCAACCAUCCUAAUGCUGCAAGCCUUUAAUGCAGUUCCUCUAGUGCGGUGACUCCCAUCCAUAAAAUUAUAUUCGUUGCUACUUCAUAAUUGUAAUCUGGCUGCUGUUAUGAAUCGUAAUGUAAACAUCUUUUGGAGACAGAGGUUUGCCAAAGGGGUCGCAACCCAAAGGUUGAGAAACACUGCUCUAGAAUCUUACUUUGCCAACUUAGAGAGACAUUGAACUCAUCAUUAUAGUAACAAAGAAAAAUAAAAUAAAAUUUAAAAAGGUUUCUCUUUACCAUAAGAGCCAAAAGCACUUUAAUAGUCUUUUGGGAUCAAUAUGUCAAAAAUACUAAGGGAGAGUAGAAGCAUUCACAAUAACUGUAUUUUAAAAGAUUAUUGUAAUAACUAUAUAAAUGACUAAUUUUGGGAAAACAAACUUUUGUGUCUUGUAUUUUACUUCAUGCUUGGAAACAAGUGUUUAACAUUAAUUCCCCACUGAGUUUUCUAAACCUUGUAAAUCUGUUUUAUAUUCAUAAGAAGAAUAUAAGUUGAUUGAACACAUUUGUGUUUGUAAAUAUAAAAACAAAUUGAUCCAGUCCCAGAUUGCAUAUUCACUACAAGGAAGAAAGCAUUGACCCAAAAGAAAUGUUUUAAUAAGUAUAGAACAGAUACCUAAAAUCAUUAUAGCAACAUUUUUGUUAACCCAUAUCAACCAUUCUUUAACUCACAUGAAUGAGGGAGAGGAAAGGAGAGGAAGAAAAGGAGAGGAAUAAAAGGACAUGAAGGAGGAGGGAGAGCAAGAGGGAGAGAAAGUCCCAUGCUAGCUUUGUGGUUCCACAGAUGUCAGAAAUCUGGACAGUUUCAAAUUUUGCCGUUUCCUCUUUCAGAAAAUGUCCCACGAGCACAGCUAGGUGCAAGGAAGAUUAGGAAGAACAGUCUACCCUCAAUGAUCACGAGCAUGAGUAAAGACAAAAAAAAACUUUGCUGCUGGAAUGGGUAGAAAGCAUUAAACAUCCCAUUCCACGAGCCUUAGAAGAGCAUAAGUAUAUAUCAUCCCCAGAGCCUAGAGACCAUAAUCACUAACGAUGAUGAAAUUUAGCCUAGGCUAGAGCUACAGUCUUUUACUUUAAAGUAUUUUUCGUCUUAUGGUUCUCAUAAUUCUGGUCAAAUCCUAGACCCUGCAUUUACUAGCUAGCUGCUGUGGAAAGAAAAAUGAAGCCAACCCGUGUCAAGAUUCACCUGUUCACUGUCAUAGUGAAGAUCUUUCUUUGAAAGAAUACCUUCCCCCCCCAAAAAAGCAGUACUCAAUACCUGAUUAUACUAAACUACCUCCCACUACCCCCCCAAAAAAAUAUCAUUUUCUUCUUAGGAGCUUUGUUAGAACAUUUUACCUUCACAAAUCCUAAUGCUUGCCAUAAAACUUGAUGGGCGUUAAGCCAAACUUUCUCUUAUCUCACCUUGUGUAUUGCUGCCUGCCAUUUGGUAAACACAAAGAAAACAGGCAGGUUAAAGAAUGUUUUGGAUGCAGUUGUUAAGCAUUCUCUUAAUAAGAAGGUUAUAUUCUAUCGUGUCUUCCCGGCCACACACAUUACAUUCAAACAUUUUCUCCUGUCAGCUUCCCUUUCCACAUUUUUUUUUUAAUUCACUAUGAGUCCCCUACCAUAGCAGCAGCUGAUCCUGGAGGAUAAGAGUCGUAAGAAGCAAACAGAGAAGCUGUCUACAGACUGUUCACCCUCCCUGCUCAGCUACUGUUUAGGAGCUCGGCAUGCUGUGUGUGCAUGGAAAAACAGCAGACCAAGAAGGUUCCUCCUGAAGGCCAUGUAAUGAAGAUGAGAACUAACCCACUUCUUGUGGCUUUUCUAGGCUGACUUAAAGAACAAGACAUUUGUCCUGGGCAAGCCGCCUCGUAGCCCAGUGGUGUCUCAGAGGUCCUGCAGCUCGCCUGUCAGCGGUGCCCACAGGGUAGGGUCGGUCAGUCGGGCGCCCCCUACGUGCUGCAGUCAUCCUGGCCACCCUGGCUCUUCCCUGGGUAGCUUUGCUGUGAUGGACAGUCAAGCGAGGAUGAGGAAUCCCUUGGGGUGAAAUAGCCAGUAGCUGAGGACCUAUGAAAUCAGAUCUGAAGGGGUUGGGUGCUUCCCUGUUGUAUGUGUCAAGUUCUCAACUCCAAAAUGGCACUAUCAGUGGGUGUGCACUGUGUAUUGUUUUCUAUACCCAUCUCCUACAUUCGGGUGCUGUUUUACAGUCACCGUUCUUGCUGUGGAGAGCUAAACUCUGGAGCUCACUUACUCCCGGUCCUGUUAACUCCAGAGUCUCUCGGUUUCUAUGGGCUUACUUUCAACUGUGAGCCAUUUCAAAAUAUUCUGUCGCUCGGGAGAUUUCUCUCCACGCUGGGCCCUGCAAGGCUGCUCUCUGGACUUCCAGUCCUCUCACAGCUUUGACUGAGCAUUGAGGUCAGUUGCUUGUCCUUUCACUGAUCAGUUCUGUAACAUCUGCAGAACUUGAGAAUGGCCGGAUCCUAAGUGGCACCCUGAGCUCUGGGAACACAGCCAAGGAAUUUGGGGAGUUAAUGUCUAUGCGUACCUCAGGGUUCCCUUCACCGUGUCUAAGUUAAUGGACCCAAUUUAGCAUUGGUUAGCCUGCCACACCACACGGGUAUGCUCUGCAUUUCAAGCUCUCGGGGAUUGCUUUUUAGUGUUCCCUUUCCAUUCCAUAAAUGCAAAUAGUGUUUUGUAUGUAAGGCAUUUUUGUUCUUUGUAAGUUAGUUUUACAAAAAUUGAUGGAACUCAUCCUAAGUUCCCACGAUUAAGUAAGGAGGACAUAUUGUCCAUCACCUUGAGGUUUUUUUUUUCCUUGCCCAUAUUUCCAUCUUAUAAGAUUACAUGUUUGAGGACCAGACGAUUUUUCUUUUAUUCUGAUUUUUGUGAAGUUGUGUUUCACCUUCAUAAUCUAAGGGAAAGAGAGCAAUAAGCUUAAGUACUGUUGGUUAAGGACUGCUAGCCAUCAGAGCUACAGCCUGCUAAUUCUGGCUGCCAUGCAUGACAACUAGCGUUUUCUGAGAAAGAAUGACUUGGGAACCCAAGAGCUACUUGCAAGAUUUGCAAAGAUUUUUCCACAUUUGUUUUUAAAGUAACAGCACAUACGUUUUUAAAAGAACUACCUGGGGCUGGAGAGAUGGCUCAGAGGUUAAGAACACUGGCUUUUCUUCCAAAGGUCUUUAGUUCAAUUCCCAGGAACCACAUGUAUAGUUCAUAACCACCUACAGUGAGAUCUGGUGCCCUCUUCUGGUGCGCAGGCACAUAGACAGGCAGAAUGCUGUGUAGACAAUAAAUAAAUACAAAAUCUUUAAAAAAUUAUCUGACAUAUAGUCCAUUCUCCUGGGAUAGCUUGAGAGAAGCAUAAAUAAAUACUUAGCUUUCAAACAUCUAUCACAGUAGUGUUUGGAAUCUAGUGAUCCCAGAUUCAAGGAUAAAUUUGAAAGCAGCUUCACUAUGAGCGGUGUUUUGUAAUUGACCCUGCCUUUGAGCAAUAACACUUGUUUAAAACCUGCCUCUUUUGUAUCCAUUUUUACAUCAUUUUUUUAAAUAAAAAUCAAAGGACGAUUAUGUACUUCUAAUGAAACCAUUGUUUUCAUACAGUUAAUACCCACAGUGACACUGAAAAGAGAAAGCAAAAGAAAAAAAAAAGUUAAAUAUUUCGGGUGCCAUGACGCGUCGUUGGUUUUUCAAAAUUUUAUUGAACUCAUCAAGGACAUAUAAUCGAUGCACAACUCUAGCUCAGAAUGUCCAGCAUGCCAAUGGCUACCCGUUAACUUGAGAGCCGCCUUCUUAAGCUCACAGUUUGUACACGCUUCUCCAAGUGUUAGGCUUAUAGAUCGUCCUAUGUUCAGCUCAGCACUGCUGAGAUGUUAUGCAUGAUAGAAAUGUCUGAGCAGUUAACUGAAAAUAGAAGCGAACCCAGGCCUAAAGCCCUGAUGGCUGACAAGUCAUUUCUUCUUGAGAAUUGAGUCUGUGGGAAAGAGAGAGCAUUAUCUACUUCAAAUUACCCCGUGGGCUGAAGGAAUUUGACCCUUGUUUUCACCAGAGGCAAAAGCAACUUUUAAAUUGUUACUACCGCUGCCCACCAUUAGGUGGCGAUCUAGUGCAGUAGCAAAGAUCAUAUUAGUCGAGACCAUUCUGUUUGAAUACCCUCAAGAAACACAAACGAAACACAUACUGAAUUUAACCAAGUCAAUCCAUCUAAUCUGCCAUAAUACUUCAUCCAAUGCAGGGCUAACCAAAAUUGUCCUUCCAUCUCUCUAACCAUUUAUUUGGCAUAGUAAAUGAUCUGAUAUCUUUCGAUUUAGGGGAGGGUUUAACUAACCUUCACAGCAAGGUUGAAUUGUUACCUCUGUGGCUUCCACGUGACUAAGAUUCAUAAUAAUGAGCUAAUUUUCUGACUACACGGUGUGUAGGGUUAAAGAGAAGGCUCUUUACAUGACAAAGAGGUGAAGUAUCUGUUCCUUUAUGAACUCCAUGAGGGGGAAGGAUUCAUCUUCGUCUUGCCUCACUAAUUUUAGGAUGAGGGAUCUGAGCUGCAUGUCCAAAGUCGAUAGCAGACAGCGCCCCCAACACACAAAUGCACAUCGAUGAGUGACCAUCAACACUAUUCCUCUAGUGGCCAAGAACUCGUAAAGUAUAUUAUCGCUAAUAGAACUGAAAUUCCGCAGCUUCCCUCAGAAACAGGCCACUGGGAAACAGCUCACCCAAGGAGAUUCUCCUCUGAAAAGGCUUUGAAGUGUUUUCAAAAGUCACAAUUGUAUGAGAUACACAACUUCUCAGUAAUAAAAGUUAGGAAUACACUAGAGCCUGAGAAUGUGAAUACUAUGGGGGAAAGUGAUGAUUAAGGAAGAAAGGGGAGAGGCAAGGUUUGGAGGCUGUGAAGCAGGGAAAGGACAUAUUUUGAAAGGAAAUUACUGGCGCACAGACCCAGGAAUUAAGUAAGCCCCACACUGAGAGCUACAGCCCAGCUUCCUAACUGUUAAGGAGACAAUUUAUUUAAAUAAUUUAGGAGCCUGGAGAAUCAAAGGUACUGAUCAAGUAAGAUUCUAAUGAUAGUACUAAAUAAUGGAUUAUAGCCUUCAAUUAUGGGUUGGUUUAAGUUAACGAGCAGGUUGAUUUAAUCUGGUAUUCAAGUUUUCCCUUAAAAAGGAAUUAGAAAAGAAUUAUUGAUGACUAACAGUUGCUUCUUCAUAUAUUUAAGUUGAUGAAUAAUUUUUGAAUUAAAAAUCUCAAAAAUGAAUAGAGUAUGGUUUGAUCUUCAUCAUUAUCAUCAUCAUUAUUAUUGUUAUUGUUGUUGUUAUUAUUAUUUUAGGCAGGCACUCCCCAUGUAGCCCUUGUAGGCUGGCCUUGAACUCACUAAGCUCUGCCUGCCUCUGCUGCCAGAAUGUUAAGAUUAAAUGCAUGUACCCCCCACACCCAGCUUCGUCUUCAUUAUCCUUAAAAUAUAUAUAUAUAUAAUUUAUACUUAAACAUUUUACGUUUAAUAAUGUCAUUUUACAAGUUUAAAUGCCGUUAGGAAUUUUAUUCUGACUUAUAGGAGUAAAUCAUCUAUGUGGCCUGUAAUUCUUAUCCACGCUUUAGUUUUGGGUUUAUGUAUUCCACGCGAGGCUGUUGAAAGCAAUUCGAGGAGUACUGUCAACAAAUGCCCCAAUGAAUAGACCUAACACACUGAAAAUACCUAAUCUGCACUAUGUAGACAGUGUAUGUCGGAAAAUGGUGGAUAAAUUUAGGAAGAGGCCUGAUCGCAGCUUCAUAUUGAAUGAAACCCCGGGGCUUCCUAUUCCUCCCUGGACCUGAGCUUUCUAUGGACAGGUUCAGGGAAAAAUCUAUCAUAUGAUAAUCAACAAUUAUGUGUAUCCAAACACUGGUCCUGAAGUCUGAAGAUACAGCCCUAAUAACUAAUUCCAUUAUCAGAGUCCACGGUCUGACUUUGUUAUGUCAGCAGGUAGCUGUCAUUUAGCAGAAAAUAUUUGAAAUGUGAAAGGGUCAAAUGCAUCUCUUUCCCCUAAAACGUACCAUGUGGGUGACUGAUGUAAAUUACACCAAGUUUCCAUGUUCAACCAAUGUAUUAAAUUUCAUUCUCUGAAGUAUUUGUGUGGCUAUACAGGAUGCUAAGGCUCGUCAUUUCCAAUAUUAUAAGUA